AUGCGUCUCAAUCCACAUAUUCACGAUGCAAGUCCUAUAUUGGAUGACGACGUGCACUCAUCCUUUACAGCCUGGUUCAUUUGGGCUCCACUCGUCUCUGCUUCUGCUCUCUUUCUAGCAGCAACAACCUCGGCAGAUUACAAGGCAGUUCGACGUCAUUUCACAGACUCAACGGGCGAAAGCAAGAAGACUUCAAAGAAGGAGCACUCCACAGAAGAUGAAUGGACCAAACCGUUGACCUCUCUCUUUGGUCUAGACGCACCCGAGGAGCCAAAACAUGAAGAACAAACUGGCCUCGGUUGGCGUGGCCUCCAAUUUGUCCGCGACUCGCUUAGCCUCGACGCAAUCCCCUCGAUAACCGCAUCCUGGAUAUGGCCAGAAUCAAUCGUAAACCUCCAAUCUCGCAUUCAAGCCCUCCUCGUCGCAAUCGGGAGAGGUCCCGGCUCGCUCUAUGCUGAAAUCGUGGAAGAAUCCAAGAAUGCACCAGAGAUGAACUGGGACGCACGCGUUCGGCUCGGAGAAGAUUUGUGCGUUGCUGAAAAGGCAUACCUCCGCGAACGCAAGCGACGGAUGAAGACGUCUUUUGCCAACUUUCUUGGCGUGGAUGAAAAGGAAAUUCAUCCAGAGGAUAUCCCCAUCGUAGCUAUUGCGGCGUCAGGAGGAGGAUAUCGGGCUAUGACCAACACUGCUGGCUCGCUUGUUGGAGCAAAGGAGAUGGGUCUCUUGGAUUGUAUAACCUAUAUGGCCGGCAUAUCCGGGAGCUGUUGGGCGCUCGGCGUGCUCUAUUCUGGAAUUCCUGCUGUCAAAGGAUCGGUACCGGACCCGCGUAGGGCCGCAGAACAUAUCAAGGAUAGGGUAUCCAAAACCUUUUUCGACACUGUCACCUUGGAUCUCCUCACUACGCCUCCAACAAACAAGUAUCUACUAUCUGGGCUACUCCUGAAAGUAACAGCUCCACUAGGAUCGGUAUCUUUAACAGACAUCUAUGGAACACUUAUCUCUUCUCGACUCUUCGUCCCAUCGGACCUAGACGCCUUGGAUCCAGACAAUCUCUCCCUGCACAAAUUCCGGCGCUUCGUGGAUAGUGGAGCGAUGCCACUUCCAAUCUUUACCGCUAUCCAACACGAAAUCCCGCCUGAUACCCAAAAGUCUUUGACAGAAGUAGAAGAACAACGAGAUUAUCUAGUCGAUUCGACUCGAUAUAACAUGCUCAAACAAGAAGAACAAGACCUACAGAGCAAGACGCGUUGGCUCUGGUACGAGUUUACGCCGUACGAAGUAGGAUGCGACGAACUCGGUGCAUGGGUUCCGAGCUGGAGCUUUGGCCGUCAAUUUGAGAAUGGGCAAAACGUGGAAAGAAGACCCGAACUGAGCUUUACAAUUCUAUCCGGCAUAUACGCAUCGGCGUUUUGCGCCACUCUCAAGGCACGUACUCAACCAGCUAACGACUACUUUCAAGAAGCCCAACCCUUGCUGCGACAGCUUCCAUGGUCUCUGUACUCGUGGAUCGCCGAAGUGAUCGAUGAGAACAAAGAAGACUUUGGUGCCAUUCACCCCGUCGUUCCGAAUCAGCUACCCAAUUUUGUCAAAGGACUGGAUGGCCAACUUCGUGAAGGUAGUCCUGCUGAUAUAACAACACGAGAUACUUUGGGUUUCAUGGACGCAGGAGCCGAGCUCAAUAUUCCAUACUAUCCCCUUUUGCGACGGGAUGUCGACUGUAUCAUUGCCCUCGAUGCGAGCGCCGACUCGCAAGAUCUCUGGUUUACACGAGCAGAAGAAUACGCAAAUCGCAGAGGACUUUCCACAUGGCCCAAAGGCGCUCAUUGGCCCAUCGAGCUCAACUCGCCUGAAUCACCCAAGGAUGGAAAUGGCAAAUCAAAUGGUUCAAGAGGCAGAGACGAAGAGUCGACCAAUGCGAACCGACGCCUCGCCGAGUCUCAGGAGAGUCAGGUCAGAGAACAGACGGAGCGUCAGAAGCAGCAGGACCAGAGGGAGAUUCCGGAGCGCAGCGAUGGAAGUCAGGUGGAGAUGGAACCCAAACCUGCCCCAGCAGAGAGUUCAUCAACUAUCCCUGAAGGAACGGACACCCCCAACAACCUAGAACAACAGCCACUGCAAGCCGUCUCAAUUUGGAUCGGAUCAUCCAAAGACGCAGACGCGGAACAGUCACGGUUCGAGGAUCUCACAGAAGAGCAGCUGGCUCAACGUGAUGGGAUCGGAAUCGUAUACAUGCCGCUUAUCCCCAAUGCAAAUGUAGCUCCUGGAUGGGACCCAUCCACAAUCUCGACGUGGAGGCGUGAAAUGGAUCCGCGCGAGACGGAGAAUCUGCUUAGCGUGGCCAAGGCAAACUUUAUGGAGGGCGACGAAAAGAUUCGGAGACUGCUUAGAGCCAUGUGGCUUCGUAAACGACGUGAGCGAGAGUGGAGCAUCAUCGUCGAUUACGACAGCUAG